AUGACCCUCCUGUGGCCCACUACCCUCCACCACGAGCCUGCGGCACCCAGCACCCUCCAGCAGGAACCUGCGGCACCCAGCACCCUCCGCCAGGAACCUGCGGCACCCAGCACUCUCCAGCAGGAGACUGCGGCAUCCAGCACCCUCCACCAGGAACCUGCGGCACCCAGCACCCUCCACCAGGAACCUGCGGCACCCAGCACUCUCCAGCAGGAGACUGCGGCACCCAGCACCCUCCAGCAGGAGACUGCGGCACCCAGCACCCUCCAGCAGGAGACUGCGGCACCCAGCACCCUCCAGCAGGAGACUGCGGCACCCAGCACCCUCCAGCAGGAGACUGCGGCACCCAGCACCCUCCAGCAGGUGGACACACCUCGCACUACCAUACACAUUAGAGCUAGAGAGUUCUACAGAGGAACAGAAGCAGUAGGGACAGAUGGACCACAAGGACGCCCAGCCUUGUAA